AUGCCACUGAUCGAAAUACCCAAGGAUGUUUUCAUAAGACUUAAACCCGAGAUUGAAACAGCCAGUCAAGGAAUACUCUUUGGUGUGCGGGAAGAAUGUCUGGAUCGAGGACUGAUCGUACACGUAAAGGGAUUCCUCCCUUAUAGAUCGUCCUCCGAUCUUGUUAAUGCAAUAGCAAAAUUUAUAAGAUGGAAAGGCAACACCGUACUUGGAUGGUAUGUGGCACCAACUCCGGAUAUAGUAGACCGUCAUGAGCCUACGCACAUAGCGUCGUCGUAUUUUCGUACUUUCCAGGCCGCAAUGCUGAAAGUAAUCACUGCUAAUUAUAUUCCAAACCAUACCGAUAACAGUGUUUCUAGUGAUAAUAAUGGCAAUGUCAAUGAUAAAUCCACUGUCUCUGAACUUGCCUCCCCAACUCCUAAUCCAAGUCCAUUUGCCUCGGAUGAUCCAACCGCGUCACAUUCAAAACAAACUCCACUCACGCACACGCCGUCUCCUCAACCUCAUCCUUCUUUGUCAUCACCGGCGAGUACCACUGAUAUACAUUCAGACGCACAGCCAACAGCAACUGGUUACGAUCUUAGCCAAAUCGCAACGGGUCGCAGGCUUGUAAGUAGAAGAGCGAGCACGACCGAUAUGGACAGAGUGAAAUUGUCAAGGAAUGACUGGGGAAGAAAGGGAGAAGGUGUCAGUAAAGGUAAAAGAAAAAAAGAUGACAAUAAUAAUGUUGGGAGUAUCAAAAAGGCCAGAACAAAUCAUGGCGAUUGUGUCAUCCCUGUUCCCCUAACUAUAAUAUCUGGUCAAGGAUCAGAAUAUUUACAUAAUUCUUUUAUAGAGCAUAGUCUUUACACGUCGCAAAUAUCGCCCAUAGAUCUCUCGCCGCAGAUAUCAUCCUUUUUCUCCUAUUAUUCACCAACAGCUUUCUCUCGCACAAGUCCACAGACUUAUCCUACUUAUUCACAUCAUUAUGAUCACGCUUACACGUUUUCUCCAUCUUCUUCCCCAACUUCCAAUUUUCCUCCAACAACUUUACCUCCUGCUGUUUCCUCAGUCAAUACGGGCCCUCUUCAUCACCGUCUGCAUUCUACUCUUUCGGCAAUAACCUCACAUUUAACGACUCACACUCAAGAAAAGAUACGGCUAUACGAGAAGUCAUGUCAAGAGUACGAAUUAUUAUUAGAGAUAUUAGAAGGCUUGGGUCCAGAAGAAGACGAUGACAAUUUUGCUGAUAAAGACAAUUUUGAGAACGCAAGGGAACAAGAAUCGAAUUUACGAAGCCAAUUGUCUACGCCAACUGGGAUAACCGAUGUCGUGAUGACAGAUGCAAACGAGAUUAUCGAUAAUGAGAAUAAUUCACCAUUGCCAAGCAAACAUCCGCCUGAAUCUAAAUCACAAACCACUGUCUCUACGCCACCAAUAGAACUAAUCGAAAUCAUGGACGAAAAUGAUAUGUCUACCAUCAACGUGAACCCAAGCAUUUUGCUCACAUCAUCUAUCAAUCAUGCCAACGCUAGUAAUAAUAGUCAACAAUCCGUCACCGAAGACAAACUUACAGAAUCGUCACCAGAAGACGGUGAAAUUGCCGACGAUAGCGAGAGUAAUGAGGAGAAGCAAAGUGUCGAUAAAGAAACAGAGGAAACAAUAGGACAGACAGAGGAGAAAAUGCAAGCGCAAAAAGAAAAGGAUAUUGAUGGAAAGGGAGAGAAAGAUUUAACGGAGGAAGAAAGAGACACUGAUAAAGAUGUGAAACAGGAAGAAGAGGGAGAGCAGAAAGGAACGGGAAUGACCGAAACGAAACAGGACGAGGAGAACAAAAUUGAGAGUGUAAAAGUUAAAGAUGAUGCGUCAGAGUGGGCUUGGGAUGAAGAGGAUAUCGGCUGA